AAGUUGGUGGGAGGGGGGAUAACGCUACCAAACACUCAUCAUCGGCGAAUAAAGCAUCUAUGACCAACGUUCUCUUCUAGCCCUGAUCUGCAGCCUGCAUAUGAAAAUAUAAACAGGCAGUGUAAAGUCGUAAGCAUUCUUGCUUCACACAUUUCGAGGCUUCCCUCAUUCCGAAGCUCCUGCCACACUCGGAUGCUUUUUGAACCCGCAACAAAAUGAAGGCCGUCUUUGCUGUUCCUGCGACGGUCCUACUCGUGCUUCGAGCCUACUCAAAAAAGUCGUUGACUCCAGGCGGAAUCGUGGCCGCGACUCUCACAGCAAUCGCUCAUGCCGUUCAUCCCUGGAACUUGCCAUUUGUCUUACUCGUCGUCUUUUUCCUCGCGGGGACACGCGCAACCCAUGUCAAGGAGAACGUCAAAGCUUCACUCACCCUGAAAGCAGGCGGCUCGUCGGGCGGCGAGGGUCCUCGGACGCACGUGCAGGUGCUUGCCAACUCGCUUACCGCCUCCAUCCUCUCUCUGCUGCACGCCUACCAGCUGCGGUCACGCGAGCGGGCCCUGCUCGCCCACCACCACGAAACCUCCGAUGCCGCCGGCAGCCUCUGCUUCUCCUGGGGCGGCGACCUCCUGGUGAUCGGCAUCAUCGCAAACUACGCCUGUGUAGCCGCCGACACGUUCAGUUCCGAGCUGGGCAUCCUGGCUACAGGCCAGCCGCGGCUCAUCACCAGCCUCACCUUGCGCAAAGUACCGCGCGGAACCAACGGCGGCGUCACAUUGACGGGCCUCGCUGCCGGCCUGCUCGGCAGCGUCAUUAUUGUCACGGCGGCCAUGCUCUUUCUGCCCUUCUGCAGCGAUGAGACUGCGGCCAGGCCAGGCGGCGGCGCGCCGUGGUCGAUCGAGCAGCGCCGGACGCUGAUUCUGGGCCUGACCGUCUGGGGGUUUCUGGGGAGUGUCGUGGACAGCGUGCUUGGUGGGCUAUUUCAGCGCAGCGUCAAGGAUGUCCGCAGCGGCAAGAUUGUCGAGGGCGAAGGGGGCGUGCGGGUGCUUGUGUCGUCGCCUGGUGGUGCUGCUGCGGGCGUUCACCGUCCCGAGCAUGAAAAGGACAUGGGGGCCGACAUCAAGUCUAGCCUGUUGCAUGGGGAGGGCGAGGCUGCCGUUGAGGACACGAGCUCGGCGGCGGUUGAAGGCGAGGUCGGUGCCGAUCGCUAUGAUCCGCGCAACAAGCACCGCCGGUCGAGCUUCGGCGACGAGAGGCCGUCGAGGAUCGUUGAGAGCGGGUGGGAUCUGCUGGACAACAAUGACGUCAACUUUCUGAUGGCGUUUUCCAUGAGUAUCGGUGCCAUGGCGGUUGGCUCGUGGUAUUGGCAGGUCCCGCUCUCAUCGGUUUUUCCAACAACCAGGGCGCAAUGAUAAGUGUAAGGUUUCAAGAGUUGAUGCUCCAAUUGUUACGAAUGUCCUUAUUGAUUGCAGGGGGGCCAGACAUGGGUAUUUCAAGGUCACCAAUAUGACCAUCAACUGAAAACCGAUGAUCAUAUCUCUGCAGUGUGUGUCAUUCAAUAUGAGAAAAGAAAAGACAGAGACUGGAAGCACAUCUGGCAGAAUUUAAGCUGCUCAAUGUGUCCAUCGUCGUGCAGUAAGUAUAGAGGGCAGCACUGCCAGUCGCCCGGGGCUGCCGUCGACUGUCGACUGUCGUUGGGGCAGGCAGGGGCUAGGGGACG